CAAAAUAUUAGUAAAACCCCUUGUAGUUAUUAAUCAUGACAAAUGAGUUAAUAAAAUCAUCGAUCGUUAACUACAACCACUCCAUUUGACACCUUUCAGUUUAGAAUGAUACAGGAAUAUUCAUGAUAUAAAUCAAUUUGAUAGGUAAAUCAAAAUGAAAUACAAAAAUAAUUUCAAACAUUUCUUUUACAUAAUCUAUAUAUUAAUUAAAAAAUUCUAUUAAAAAUGGUUAAUUAAAAAACAAAAUCAAUUACCAUACCCUAACCACAACAUCAGAGUAAGAAUCACCUUUAUUGGUGAAGUAUGUUAAAACACAAAAAGGAAUUUCUAGUACUACAGAAAGCAAGCCACGAUGACAAAAUAUACAUUUAGGGUAUAAAAAUAUAAGUACAGAGAGUACAAUGACAAUUUUGUAAAUGAUGCAUAGUCUACUGUGGCCAGCAGUGAUCAACAACAGUUACGCAAAUGACGGAGUUACGCAAAAAGAAUAACGGAAGCACAGUGAAUACGGUAAUAAUAUAAUAAUAUCCCAACAGAGAUCUUCAAAAUUGGCAGCAUGUCAUGAUGAAAUCCUAUUAAUAAAUAAUUAAAUGAUAAUUAAAAGUAAAAAAAGGGAAAAAUAAUUUAGUUCAGUAGUUAGUUUAGAUAUAUGUAUAAUUAUGUAUAUACUAUACAUAUUACAUAGAUAUUUGUAUGUGGAUAUAUGGAUACAUAGAUAAAAAUAAUAUAUUAGUUUGUUAUAGAUAAAUACAAAUUAAAGGCAAAUCCAAAUUAAAAAAAAAAAAAAAUUCACACAGUGCCUCUAGGUGUAAUAUAAAAGUACAUCAUCAUGAAAUUAUUGCCUGACGUUUGGUCACUUUCUAUCUUUUUCACAAAUCAUAACUAUUGGUCAAUCCCCAUGAGGGAAUGUUGGGUAUGGUACAUAUUAUAAAAUGUUGAAAAUGGCUUGCUCUCUAUUACCCAUUGCAAUUUUUUGUUUCCUAAAAAGUGAUGCUUUUGGAGAGCAGGAUUCUAGCAGACACCAAUAUUUACAAGAAAAAUGAGCUAAACAAUUGGCUAAUUAAUAUUUUUGGGGCAAAAUUGAUGAUUUUCAUGGUUAUCAUGUUUCACAUAAUUCAUUGAAAUAAUUGAUCAAAACUUCACAUGCCAUUACACUACUACGUGUCGCAUACACUUGAGAUGACAUAGUAGCUAGUGAAAUGUAGUGUACAUCAAGACAAUGUAAAGAUUCAAGAUGUUUAAAGCAAAGUGAAAUGGAAGCCUUGAUCAAAGUCAUUAUGCGUGCUCUACUCCGACACUAUUGCUCACUUUGGUAAAUGGGAAAAACUCCAUGGAAAAAGUUAAAGGUCUAUAUUCCCUGUUGUUUUUUUUCUCAGAACUUUUGGACAUUAAGAUGUGUCGCCUGCUUGCAUCCGCCAUUCUGGCUGUACUGUGCGUGGCGUCCCUGGUCCACAGUAGCAGUAGCCUGCAAGUCGGGCUAAAGUAUCGGCAGGGUAACUUCGCGAUGGCCUUGUAUCGUGCCGUGGCCGAGCCCCGUGCCGACGCCAACACGGUGGUGUCGCCGUUCAGCGUGGCUGCCGCCCUGGGACUACUGCAGCUCGGCGCCCGGGGCAACACCAGGGCUCAGCUGGAGGCCGGCCUGGGUUACGACGUCAACGACGCUCAGGUUCGUGAUCUCCUGCUGCUGCAGUGGCACGCAGAGAUGAACAACAGUAAUAGUCCAAUGGCCUCCCAGGGGGCGUGGCUACGACAGACGUGCAUCCUAUUGGUGGAGAGCAGCAUCAAACUAGCAGAUGGAUUCAUGCAGAAUGUUGGAGCCUGGGCAGAUGUCAGCGUGAUGAGAGACAACCAGGUCCAGAACAACAACACUCACAAAGACGAGACAUGGUUCCCCCUGCAGUCUGGAAGCAGCAGCGGUGACCUGUCUGGGUCUGGCGAGGUCCAACAGGCUGAGGCUUCAUCGUCAUCGAAGUCAUCCAGCCAGCAGAUGACUAUUUUGAGUACCAUUGCAUUCAGGGGUGUGUGGCAAAGGCAAUUUCACACUGUCAAUACACAGAACCUCCACUUCCUGCUCCUGGAUGGGAGCACCAUCAAAGUACCCAUGAUGCACCAAGCUACCGAGGUCCGCUUUGGUCAGUUCGUAACGCUGUCAAACCAAAGGUAUUCGGUCCUUGAUCUUCCCUACUCGGGUCUGUCACUGAGCCUCCAGGUCGUCCUCCCUUUGGACCGUAAGAGCCCUCUGUCUUCUUUGGAGGCUGAACUGAGCUUUCACCAAGUAGCCUCCUGGGAGGCCAGCCUACGCAGGACCAAGAUGGACGUCUUCCUGCCCAGGUUUAAGAUUCAUAACAAAUUGAACUUGAGGUCGACACUUCCUGCUGUGGGAAUCAGAGAUGCCUUCAACCUGGCAGAUGCAGACUUUACAGGAAUUUCAGCUACGGACUCACUCUAUGUGUCCGAUGCCUUCCACGACGCCACCAUCGAAGUCAUGGAGGAAGGAACCAAGGCAGCCGCCGCCACAGCCAUGGUCCUCUUGAAGCGUUCUCGCUCUCCCGUCUUCAAGGCAGACCGGCCUUUCCUGUUUCUGCUGAGGCACGUUAAAACAGGAUCCGUUUUGUUCAUGGGCCGAGUGAUGAACCCCGCCGACCAAUCUCUUUGAGAUGUUUAUGACAUGACACACACUAUUUAUUUGCAGGCACUUCUGAAAGAGGGACUAUUUUUGUAAAUGUGUAAAUAAAAUUUUAAUACUUUUUUUUU